CAGUUGUACAAUCCUCCUCGUUGAACAUGUCAGGAAUUUGCAGACCUCGUCUAGCAGAAGAGCGCAAACAGUGGAGAAAAGAUCACCCGUUCGGAUUUUAUGCAAAACCAGCCAAAGCUGCUGAUGGGUCAAUGAAUUUGAUGGAGUGGGAGGUUGGGAUCCCAGGAAAACCUAACACUCCAUGGGACGGCGGCCUUUUUAAACUGGUGAUGAGCUUCCCCGAGGAUUAUCCAUCAAAGCCACCGAAAUGCAAGUUCACCCCUCCCCUCUUCCACCCUAACGUGUAUCCUUCGGGCACUGUUUGCCUCUCCAUUCUUGAUGAGGAGAAAUCAUGGAAGCCCGCCAUUACUAUCAAACAGAUUCUGCUAGGUAUUCAAGAUCUCCUUGAUGAUCCAAACGUCAACGAUCCUGCGCAGAGCGAUGCGUAUACGAUGUUCAAAAACGACAAACAGGCUUACGAGAGACGCAUUAAACAACAGGCACGAGAUAAUAUACCAAAGUGAAGUUAUGUUCGAUAUCCUGUACAAUCUAAAUGAUUUGCAAUGAGCUUUGUGUAUUUUACAUUUGAUACGUAUAUGGUAAAAUAGGUAUGGCGAAGUCGCCACCACUCUUCC